GUGGCGAGUGGGAAUCAGGACACACCGUGACAACAGAAGGGACCAGGUUUUACCAUUGGAUUUCCUGAAGUCCUGCUUCAUCCUCCAGACAUGGCUGCCAGCACUGCUGUUACAUCUCACCUGCCUCCAGUGAAGAGCGUGGUGGUGUAUAGGAAUGGGGACCCCUUCUACAGUGGACGAAGAUUUGUGGUCAACCAUCGUCAGGUGGCCUCUAUGGAGACUUUUCUGAAUGAAGUGACUCAGAGUAUUGGGGCUCCUCUUGCUGUCAGGACUCUGUACACCCCCAGGCAGGGCCACAGGGUCACAAACCUCCAGGAUCUUCGGACGGGAGCACAAUAUGUCGCUGCUGGCUUUGAGAGGUUCAAGAAACUAGAUUACUUGAAUGCAGGAGCAAGAAAGCAGCCUGCUACUAGAGAAGAAACCCAGGCAAAAGCAAUCCAGAGGCCAAAUGUUUCUGCCAAAUGGAGGAAGUUUAUACCGGUGCCCUGCAUUAUACAUGUUUUCCGUAAUGGAGACCUGCUGUGUCCACCAUUCCGGUUUAUCAUUCCUCGGAGCAUGCGACAGGACCUGGAGCAGAUCCUGAGCCUGAUCACAGAGAAGGUCAGCUUACGAACUGGAGCGGUGCGCAGGUUGUGCUCUUUGGAAGGAGUAACUGUGACCUUAGCUGGGGAGCUGGAGACUGGCAGCUGUUACGUUGCUGUGGGAACUGAAAGGUUCAAGAAACUUCCAUAUGUGGAGCUGUUGGUUUCAAAAGCCACAGAGAGAUAUUAUCCCGGGAAGAGGAGACUACUGAGGAGAACAGAAAACAGGAAAGCAGGAAGUGGACCAGAAGACCAAUACAGUGACUCAGCUCUCCUAGACUCCCCAGAGUCAGAUGGUCGCAGAGUGAAGUCGACUGGAGAUGAAGCUUCAGCUCCACAAGACUCGCAGCAAAUGAGGAGGAGCGGAGCAGAAGAGACCUCGGUGUUAUUUUCCAGGCCGGUCAAAGUCGGCAAGAACCAAAUGCAAACUAGACCACCGCUCAACAAUGGAUCUGCUCAGCCAAGCAUAUUCAAAAGGGCAGAACAGAAGAGAAGGGAGGAGGUACAAGGAGCAGAGGAGGUGCAGGAGGAUGAAAAUACAGCUACAGAGCUUCCUGUUGAUCAGAGAGCUGCAGAAAUAGUGGAAGAUGAAGACCUAAAUAACACAGAGGAUCCACUGCAAAACACUCGGGAGAAACAUGCAGAAAUUACAAAAAGUGAGCAGCCCAACAACAAAGAACACCAACACACCUGCAAUGGAAAGCAGGCACUACCAUCUGAUCAGGAACAGGAGUCCACAGCUAAAAUACUGGAGAAUGAGCUGAAGGAGAAGUCUUCAAAGUCAAGGCCUUCAUCAUCUCUCACAGAGGGAAAGAUCAGGGAGCAAUCGGAGGGACCACAGGACAACUCAUCAGUUACACCAGAAGAGAAGCAUCAUCAGGGGGAGGCCACGGUAUUGUAGCAGCUUUUCCGCCACUAAGUCAUUACUGCUUCCACGAUGCAGCUAUAGGAGCAUUUGGUUGAACUGGUAUUACUUUAACUGUGGUAACAAGCCAAAAAAAAAAAAAAAAAAAAAAAAACAAACAAAAAAACCACAUUAUUGUCUUCUAGAAAUUGUACGAGUUGGAAUGUGAAUACACUCACAAAAUCUGCCGACCCAACAACAUUAGGUGUUUACUGACAGUAAUAUUUUAGCAUAACUUCACGUGUUUAUCGUGUUUGAUGGGGAUUACUCUGAUGCCAACACUGUAUUGAUGUUCAAAGCUGCAAUUUAUUCCACAUGUGUAUAUAAGAAACCUUAUUUUAGGAAAGUUUUAGGCCUGUGUAGCCUCAUUUUGCUUAGAUUUGUAAUGAAGAAUAGAUGAAGAAUUGUGCUGCAAACAAAAACAAAACAAUUUAUUACUACAAUAUUAACAAAACCACAUCUGUACAGUGUAUUGUUUAAAUUAAAUAUUGUAAAAAUAAAAAUAUUCAUUAUA